GUGGGGCGGAGGGCUCUCCUCUGCUGUGGGUGGGAGGGGUUGACACAGAGAUGUACAGGACAGGACAGCGUCAUGCUCCACAAACCCUCACCACCACACGCUGCUGCCGCUGCCGCAGCUGCUGUGGAGACUCUGGCACAGCCGCGCACAUUACGCAGCGAUCACACGGGCUGUGUCGCAAAGAAGAAGAAGAAGAAGAAAACAACUAAAUGAUCAGAACUGAAUUAACCAUUAAAGGAAUGAUCCCGCUGUUUUCCUCUACAAGCUCGGUUUCCAGAGAGAAGUAACGACGCCGCUCAUUUACCAUGAGCUGUUUGGAUGUUAUGUACCCUGCCUAUGGACAUUACGCACCGUACGCACCGACUGCUCCAGCUUUUAUCAACAGCUUGCAGACUUCCUCAGGUCUGAACAUCACUCCUUCUCACUGUCGGGACUUUAUGGACACUCCCCGGGGUCCCGAGGCAAUGUCUGGGGGCCCAGGCGCUGGAGGUUCAACUUCCUCCUCGUCCUCGUCUAGUGCUUCCUCGUCCUCGUCCUCCUACACGCCGGCGGCUUCCAGGCCAGAGGAAGGGACCAAGGAGAAGCAGGAGGCCCCUGAGGCAGAGUACCUGACACCGCGCUGCAUCCUCUUCACCUAUUACCAGGGUGACAUCAGCAGCGUGGUGGACGAACAUUUCUCCAGGGCGCUGAGCUCCUACAUGGACGGAGAGGGCAAACGGAGGGGAGCGGACCAACACGGCACAGAGACACCUUCACCAAGCAGCAGGCGGAGCUUCCCUCCAUCCUUCUGGGACAGUAACUACUCCCCACCUCAGAGCCGCUCCCACUGUGACACAGGAGCACCCUCGUAUUCCAUGGACCCUUACGCACCAGGGCUUCACCCAGGCCUUCCUCAUCCACACGCCCAUCCGCACCCACACGCUCAUCCUCACUCCCAUCCUCACCCUCCUGAGAGUUGGGGAUACCCUCAAGCUCAGGCCUAUGGGCCCCCGAGGCCCCUCCACGAACUCUAUUCACCCUCAGCUUUGGAGCCCCACUAUGGCCCGCUGUUGAUGCCCACAGUGAGGCCACCACAUUUGCCUACAUUACCAGGCCACUAUGAAGUGAGCAAGCUAGAACCUGCCACGUCCUGGCCGGGUUUAUUACCACCAGGGGACGUCAGCCAGACAAUGGCACUCAACAUGGAUGCAGGUCUUCAGCAGCACAAGAAAGGCAAGGAGCUGUACUGGUUCUAACGAGCCCUUCAGUCACAUUGACCAGCCAUUACCGGAUCCAAUUAGUCCACGGACCUGCUCUGCUAUUGAAGCAGUGUGUCCUCUUUUAUCCCCCCCACG